GGAACGUAGGGAUCGCACUUUUGGCAUCCGUGCGGACUAUUUACGACGGUGCGUGCCCGAGGCGCCGGCUUCCUCUACUAACCACCCCCGCUUCGUGGUGUCCUUCCGUACAGUGUGAUUGUGCGAGCAAACAGUGGAGACUUCCUCUAAUUACCGCACCGUCCGCCACCAAUCGUUCAUUAGUUUCGCAGUCGCCGACCGGGGCACAUCGUCGUUUUCGGUCACAUUUUAGAAGUGCGGCAAGAUAGCACCGAACGAAAAAAAAGGCCGAGGGCAAUAAAUUAUUACCCCAAACCCCUUGUGUACGUGCUGAGGCCAGCGUCUCGAUAUUGGGUGGAUGGAUAACGCUGUGGUUGCCUACUAUUCCACCAUCCAGUCAAUUAGUGUUAGAUAAAAGGGAAGAUAUCGAAACGUGCGGAACAACACGGAUGGCAUUCUAGCUUCGCCCAAAAAAAGCUAAUGGUAGUGCCGAAGAGUCGGAGCCGGUUCUAGAAACAUCCUCCCGAGUGAGGCGUGAAGCGAUAAAAGUUUCCACAACCGUACGAAUUGUUAGUCCGGGUUUUACCGGAAGGCAAAGGGUAGUGGAGUGGUACAGUGUGGCACCAGUGGAAUGUUGACCGCCAGCGCAAUAUAGUGGAGUCAAACGGAAGAGUAGCUAAAUUGGAUUCCCUGGUUAUCGAACGACAGGCGACACCGCUUAUUCCGGGUGGCCGGUGGAAUUGGAAUCAUAACAGAAAACUACAUUAAGGGGCAACAGAAGAUCGGCCACCCAGAUGGAGGGCCAAAAGCGAAAGGACCGGGAGGUCUGCCCGCGACACAAGGCUAACUUCCUGUCCUACAUCAUCUUCGGCUGGACGAUACCGAUCUUCUUCAAGGGCUACAAGAAGGAGCUGAACUCGGACGAUCUCUACCAGCCGCUGAAGGAGCACAAAUCGGACGGGCUCGGCCAUCGGCUAUGCGAGGCGUGGGAAAGUGAGCUGCAGACGGCGAGGACGAAGGGCCGGGAGCCGAAGUUGCUGCGGGCCGGUUUCCGUGUGUUCGGUUGGGACAUUGCGUGGCUCGGGGUGGUGCUGUUGACGUUGGAGAUGGCGUUCAAAGUGACGCAACCGUUCUUCCUGGGCAAACUGGUGGCGUACUAUUCCCGCGCCGAAGGGGACAUCAGUGACGCUUAUCUGUACGCGGGUGCCGUGGUCCUGUGCAGUGCAGUCAACGUCCUGUUUAUCCACCCGUACAUGCUGUCCCAGCUGCAUCUGGGUAUGAAGUUGCGUGUGGCCGCGUGCAGUAUGAUCUACCGGAAGUCGCUUCGGUUGAGCAAAACCGCCCUCGGUGACACGACCGCCGGUCAGGUGGUCAAUCUGCUCUCAAACGAUGUCGGCCGGCUCGAUCUGGCGGUGCUCUUCGUGCACUACCUAUGGAUUGGGCCGCUGGAGACGCUGGUCGUGACGUACCUGAUGUACCGCGAGAUCGGUGUUUCGGCCGUGUUCGGGGUGAUCUUCCUUCUGCUGUUCAUUCCGUUGCAGGCGUACUUGGGGAAGAAGACGUCGGUGCUACGGUUGCGUACCGCGCUGCGCACGGAUGAGCGUGUCCGGUUGAUGAACGAAAUCAUUCAGGGUAUUCAGGUGAUCAAGAUGUACACCUGGGAGCGUCCGUUUGCCGGGCUGGUGGCCAUGGCACGCAAGAAGGAAAUUAAGGUGAUUCGCUACGUUUCGUACAUCCGCGGUAUCCUGCUGUCGUUCAUCAUGUUUACCACGCGCGUCUCCAUCUUCCUCAGCCUGGUGGCGUACGCGCUGUUGGGCGAGGUGGUGACGGCGGAGAAAGCGUUCGCCAUCACGGCGUACUACAACAUUCUCCGUGCGACCAUGACCAUCUUCUUCCCGCAAGGCAUUGCCCAGUUCGCCGAGGCGCUCGUGUCGGUCGGGCGCAUCCAGAAGUUUAUGCAGUACGAAGAGAUCGAAACGGCCGCCGGGGUCUCAAUGACGGGAUGUGACGACGAGGGCGCGGGCAAGGACGCGACGGCGUCAUCGUCCUCGUCGUCCGAGCUGGCACUGAAACCGUCGGCCGAUCCGUUGGCCCUACCGAGCAGUCAGCUAAUACGGCACUCGGAGUCCGACGGGCUGAAGGAGGGAAUCGCUGGGAAUGGGGAGCGGCAGCACCACCUUUCCGAUGCCGGUGUGCUCGUGGAGAAAGCGGUUGCCCGCUGGGAUCCGAAGGCAACAGAGUUGACGCUCGAUGGGGUCGAUCUGCACGUGCAGCCCGGUACGCUGGUGGCCGUGAUUGGACCCGUCGGUGCCGGCAAGUCCAGCUUGAUCCACGCGAUACUGGGCGAGCUGCCGCUCGAGUCCGGCCACAUCAAGGUGAACGGGGAUAUUUCGUACGCCUCGCAGGAACCGUGGCUGUUCUCGGGCACGGUCCGACAGAACAUUCUCUUCGGGCUGCCGAUGGAUCGCGAGCGGUACAAGCAGGUGGUCAAGACGUGCGCCCUCGAGCGGGACUUCCAUCUGUUUUCCGACGGCGAUAAGACGAUCGUAGGCGAGCGUGGUGUAUCACUCUCCGGGGGCCAGAAGGCACGCAUCAGUUUGGCCCGUGCGGUGUACCGGAAGGCCGAAGUGUACCUGCUCGACGAUCCACUGAGCGCCGUGGACUCGCACGUGGGCCGCCACCUGUUCGACCAUUGCAUGCGCGACUAUCUGCGCGGCAAGGUCGUCAUCCUGGUGACGCACCAGCUGCAGUACCUGCAGAACGCCGACCAGAUCGUCGUGCUGAUGCACGGUCGGGUGGAAGCGGUCGGGACGUACGAUAAGCUGCGCGAAAGUGGCCAGGACUUUGCCCAGCUGCUGGCGGCACCGUCGAGCAAGGAGGACGACAGCACCGACACGGAAUCGCUCAAGCGCUCCGGCAGCCUGUACAAGCGGCAGAACAGCGAGUCGAGCAUGGACUCGACCGUCGUCGACGGCGAGGGACCGGAAACGAAGGCCGCCGAGGAGCGCCAAAAGGAAGGCUCCAUCGGGUACGACGUGUACAAGGCGUACUUUAAGGCGAGCGGGGGCUACUUCAUCGUGUCGAUGAUAUUCUUCAUGUUCCUACUGUCGCAACUGUGCGCUUCCGGUGGCGAUUACUUCCUCACCUAUUGGGUCAACAAAGCCGAACAGAGCCCGGAAGCAUCGGAGAAGGCCGCACGCGCCAUGUUCAGUGCGUUAAGCAACCAAACGGCGAUGGAUGAAAGCGAACUGCUGUCGAAUGCAACUAGCCCAAAGCCAUUGGAAACAACCACGGCGCUUCCGACGCCACCGAGUGGGAUUGCCGUGUUCUUCACUGCCAUCCGGCAGAUGUUUGCAUCCGGCAACGAGGACGAGGAUCGGUACAUUGACAUCUACAUUUUCACCGGUCUAACGAUUGCCACCGUUGUUAUCACGCUCACCCGUAGCAUGUUCUUCUUUAGGACCGCAAUGAAAGCGUCCCGUCGGCUGCACGAUGCCAUGUUCAACGGCAUCACGCGCGCCUCGAUGUAUUUCUUCAACACGAACCCAUCCGGUCGCAUCCUGAACCGAUUCUCGAAGGAUAUGGGCCAGAUCGACGAGUACCUGCCGAGCGUAACGGUGGACGUGAUACAGAUUUUCCUCUCGCUGAUCGGCAUCGUGGUGGUCGUGGCUAUCGUUAACCCGUACAACCUGAUACCGACGGUCGUGAUCGGUAUCAUCUUCUACUUCAUGCGCGCCUUCUAUCUGCUCACGUCGCGCAACAUCAAGCGUGUGGAAGCGAUAACUCGAUCACCAAUCUACUCCCACUUGUCCGCGUCAUUGUCGGGUCUUUCGACGAUCCGUGCGUUUGGUGCCGAGAAGGUGCUGGUGCGUGAGUUCGAUUCCCACCAGGACCUGCACAGCUCGGCGUUCUAUCUGUUCAUUUCAACUUCUCGCGCGUUCGGCUUCUACCUGGACGUGUUCUGUGUGAUCUAUAUCGCGAUCGUCACGCUAACGUUCUUCAUCCGCGGUGACAGCGGGGGCAACGUUGGGUUGGCCAUUACGCAAGCGCUUGGCAUGACCGGUAUGGUGCAGUGGGGUAUGCGCCAGUCGGCGGAGCUUGAAAACACCAUGACGUCGGUGGAGCGCGUCGUCGAGUACGACAAUGUCGAUCCGGAGCCGGCGCUCGAGGCACCGGAAGACAAAAAGCCACCGAAAGAGUGGCCCCAGGAGGGUCGCAUCCGCUUCGAGAAGGUAUCGCUGCGCUACAGCCCCGACCCGGACGGUGAUCUGGUGCUGCGUGAUUUGGAAUUCGAAAUCGAACCUCGUGAGAAGAUCGGUAUCGUCGGUCGAACCGGUGCCGGCAAGUCGUCGCUAAUUAAUGCCCUGUUCCGCCUGUCCUACAAUGGUGGCUCGAUCGUGAUCGAUGCACGCGACACGAACCAGAUGGGGCUGCACGAUUUGCGUGCGAAGUUAUCGAUUAUCCCGCAGGAGCCGGUGCUGUUCUCCGGCACGCUCCGAUACAAUCUCGACCCGUUCGACGAGUAUCCGGACGAUAAGCUGUGGUUGGCGCUGAAGGAGGUCAAGCUGGAGGAGGCGGUCAACGAGCUACCGUCGGGACUGUCGUCGAAGAUCAACGAGGGUGGCAGCAACUUCAGUGUCGGCCAGCGGCAACUGGUGUGCCUGGCGAGGGCCAUACUGCGCGAGAACAAAAUCCUCGUGAUGGACGAGGCGACGGCCAACGUCGAUCCACAGACGGACAAGCUAAUUCAGCAGACGAUCCGGGAGAAGUUCAACGACUGCACAGUAUUAACGAUAGCUCACCGAUUGAACACGGUCAUGGACUCGGACAAGGUGCUUGUGAUGGAUGCUGGCCGGUGUGUGGAAUUUGGCACACCGUACGAGCUACUUACCACCGAAGGAGGCCCCAAAGUAUUCUACGGCAUGGUGAAGCAGACGGGCAAGAGUACAUUCAACACGCUUCUCAAGAUUGCGGAAGAGUCUCACAAUCAAAGGCACAAGCCCAAACAGCAAACGGAAGUGGCCUCUUCAACACAAUAGAAACCACCAUCUCUCAACCCAUCGAUCCGUAAGCGAUAUAGCCAUGGAUGCAUUAAUCUCCUGUGCACGUACCCCCCGAAAUCAAACCUCUUCACCAGCCAGGGAUGCUGCUUAAUACCUCGUGCUUAAAGUGGCCUUCACUUACUUAAAGUACUAAGUACUACCCCAACACAAAACGGGGUAGCAAAAAGAAGAUAUAAAGAACCGUCUACCGUCAGGAUCUUUUAAGUAUAAGUCUAAAAGUUUUGUGUAAAAAAGAAUCAUACAUACACUCACACACAUAGUAUCACUGAAACAGAUCAGAUCUUAAUGUGCAUGUGCCUGUAACCGCGAUACGAUGCUUAAAGUCAAUCGUUAGCCAGACUAGUUGGAUAAAAUAUUAGGGACGACGCGUGCGAGCUGUACUUUGGCUUGUUUCGGAGCCGGGAUUGUCCACCAGCCGUUCGUUAGUUGUAGAUAUACAUAUACAUAUAUUCAUCGCGUACAGGCGGUGUAGCGUUUGUGACCGUGGCACCGGAGGCAGGUGUCUAGAACGUUGUCCGAUUGUUUCGGUGCCUUAAAUGUCUCAGAAUUAGGUUUAGCGUUAUCGAUAGAAUAGAUACACAUACAACGUAAUUAGGUUCUCGGGUGAAUUGCGGGCGGAGGGAUCAUUGUGGCAUCUCAUGAAGUAUUUGUCAGAAACAGUUGUUAGUACUUAAUAAAAACUCGUUUGUAUAUUUUGGUUUCUCUUGCCUAAAGUC